GAGUUUAAAAGCUGUUGCAGGAUUGCAGACAUUCAGAGGAAGCUGGACCAGCAAUGGCUCUGCUGAAGGUUCUGCUGCUGCUGGGGCUGGGUGUUUCAGUGAACUCAGCUGUUUCUCUCCAGAAGAGAAUCAUUGGAGGUGAAAACUGUGAUGACACGGAGCGUCUUUAUCAUGUUCGGCUGGAGAGCAGCCAGGGUAAAGCAAAAAUCCGCUGUGGAGGAUCUCUGAUCCACCCUGAGUGGAUCUUGACUGCAGCUCACUGCUGGAACAAAAAGCCAGGAUGGACUAACAGUGCAAUCUCAAAAGUUCAUCCACAGUCUGCUGGGCAGCAGGUUCUGGUAAUCCGAUCCGAAACUGUUACUUUCCAAGGACAUGACAUCUUGUUGCUGAAGCUUCAGACACCAGUAACAGGUGUCCCACUUGCUCGGCUUCCAGACUGCAACAAUCGUCUCAAUAUAGGUGAUAUUAUUCAGCUGGGAGGAGAGGGAGGAACGACAGGCGGCUCAAAUGAUUAUCGAUUACAAGAUCCUAUUCUUCCAGCACAUCUUCAAUGUGUCAACAUGAAAGUUGCUCUGGUUUACCAAGACCAUCAGACAUAUGGACAUGUAUUCUAUGUUUCAGAAAAGAACAAGGAUAUCUGCUAUGGCGACGCUGGUGGAGCAGCGGUGCACAACGGCAUGAUUUAUGGUGUGAUUUCUUUUGGUGGACCAGACUUUGUAUGUCGGACACCAGCUAUGAUCAUGGAUGUGUGUAGAUACGAGGCGUGGAUAAAACAAACAACUGGGCUUAUUUAAAACAUAAGCUAUCAUGACAUAAAAUUGUCAUCAAAUUUUCUCUCACAUAUGAUUUUAUGAUUGUAUCUUUAUCAGUUUGAUCAACAUGUUUGUAGAAUUGCAAUAAAUCAAUGAUUUUGUUUUAUCUCUCCUGAUCUUGACCUCCCUAAUGGAGCUUUCUCUGCCUCAGAAAUGAAAAAUAAAUCAAUAAAUGCAUGAAAAAGACA